AUGACGGUUAGCGACGCAAUCACCUGGCCCGACGAUCGUGGGCGAUUCGGCGACUUCGGCGGCAAGUUCGUCCCCGCUACCUUGAUGGCCGCCCUCGAAGAACUGGAAGCGGCCUACGAAGAGGCCAAGGCAGACGAGGACUUCCAGGCGGGCCUGGCCUCACUGCUCCACCAUUACGCCGGCCGUCCCACCGCCCUCUACUUUGCCGAAAACCUGACCCGUCACUGCGGCGGGGCCAGCAUUUACCUGAAGCGCGAAGACCUGGCCCACACCGGCGCCCACAAGAUUAACAAUGCCCUGGGCCAGGCCCUGCUGGCCAAGCACAUGGGCAAGAAGCGCAUCAUCGCCGAAACGGGCGCCGGACAGCACGGCGUCGCCUCCGCCACCGUCUGCACCAUGCUGGGCCUCGAGUGCGUGGUUUACAUGGGCGAGGAAGACAUUCGCCGGCAGGCCCUCAAUGUUUACCGGAUGCGCCUGCUGGAGGCCGAGGUGAUUGCGGUCGGAUCCGGUACCCGCACCCUGAAGGACGCCAUCAACGAGGCGAUACGGGACUGGGUGACCAACGUGGAGACCACCCACUACCUCAUCGGCAGCGCCGUGGGCCCGCACCCCUAUCCUAUGCUGGUGCGGGACUUCCAGUCCGUCAUAAGCCGGGAGGCCCGUGCGCAGAUAUUGGACGCCGAGGGUCGGCUACCUGAUUAUGUUGUCGCCUGUGUCGGCGGAGGCAGUAACGCCAUCGGCGCCUUCUUCGAGUUCAUCGGGGACGAGGACGUGGCCCUGGUCGGCGUCGAGGCCGGCGGUGAAGGCAUCGACAGCGGUCGCCAUUCUGCCACUCUUAGCACUGGUCGGCCCGGAGUGCUGCACGGCUCCCUGUCCUACCUGCUCCAGGACCAGCACGGCCAGGUGAGCGAGACCCACAGCAUCUCCGCCGGCCUGGACUACCCUGGCGUGGGCCCCGAACACAGCUACCUGAAAGACGCGCACCGGGCCGAAUACACGUCAGUUACAGACGACCAGGCCCUGGAGGGCUUCCACCUGCUGUCCCGCACUGAGGGCAUAAUUCCGGCCCUGGAACCCUCCCACGCCGUCUACCACGUGGCGGAAAUGGCCCGCAGCCUGCCCCCGGACAAGAUAAUCCUGAUGUGCCUCAGCGGUCGCGGCGACAAGGACGUGCCAACGGUGGCGGCCGCCGCGGGGAUUGAGUUCUAG